AUGCAACUUUAGAACAUUGAUCUCUUUUCUUAACCAUUUUAAUUUAAUAUUGGAAAGAAUAAAAUGAGGAAAAGAACCAUUUUCGGAGCUAUUUUGUCAAUUUAAGUAAUAAUUAUCAUCAUAGGUUACUUUAUUUAUCUCCUAUAUCAGUAUUUAAAUAAUCUAAUUGACCCUACUUAUAGGUCUUAAAGUGUAAUAGUCAACGAAAGAAUUGAUUUGGAUCUAAAUAAUGAUUUAUUUGCCUUUGAUUACCAAACAUAAGGCAACAAUUCUCUUAGAGAUUUAGAGGCAUAAACAAAUAAAACUUAUUUGGUAUUUUUACCAUUUUUUUAUAGCUCUGAUAUGAAUCUGAUUUAGCUCAAUAUAACUAAAUGUUCAAAUAGUGAGUUAACAGAUUAUAGAUGUUUAGAUUUAUCUACGGUAUCUAAAAAUAAUACUCUAACUUUGGGAUUAAAGGGUAAUUUAAGAUCUAGCAUUAUAUUUUUAGGCUACAGAUGCUAGGAUGUGGACUUUUACAAAACUACGAUCCCAGACAAUUGUGCUGAUCCAAGUGAUAUUGAUGAGAUAAUUAAUAACCUUUCAGCUGCUUUUUAAGUUAAAUUAUAUACUUCACAAUAUAAUAUAACCUCUCAGCAAAUGGAUGUAAAAUUUAGAAAUCAAUAUAUCAACUUAUAAGGAAAUGAGUUUAUUUUUACAACUUUCAAUGUAAUUAAGUAAUAAACAAUUGUAAAACAAGGAGCAGUUUUUUAAUCUGAUUCUACUUUUUCCUCUCCAAUUCAAUAUAAUCCACUCAUACAAAGUUUUGAUAGAAAUACCACUUUUCAAAAAACAGGAUUAAAUUUAAUCAUGCAAAUUACUAUAUAGCUUGAUGAAAUUGUAGAAUUUACCCAAAUACAAUUCCCAACGAUAACUUAAGUUUUUGCUUAAUGUAACACUGUAAUAACUGUAUUAAUGUGCAUUGGAAUUAUUGGUAGGUAUAUUUCAUAAACUCUUUUAGAAUAAGAUAUAUUCAUGCUUAUUUUAUAAAAUAUUUUCUCAAACAAUUAUCUAAAAAUAUUAAAAACUAAUAAUAUUUGUGUCUAAGAAGAAGAUCCUUUGAUUGAUUAAUUGAUUUAAAUGAAAAAAAAUAAGCUGGAUGAAGAAAUUGAAAAUACAGAAUCUAUUGUUCUACCUAAAUUUAAUAUUAAAUUGAAAGAAUCAAUUGAUAUGCAGCAAAUCUCACCUUGCUCAAGUAAAUUAUAUCAAAAUUAUUAGUAACAAGAUGAAGUAAAAAAAUAGCAGUUAGUAAAUCAAAUAGUUCAGAAUAAUUCACAUUCAGAAAAUUUCAAAAUAUCUGAAACUUAUCUCACAAGUACGAAUACUAGAUAUACAGAAAAUGAUGUAUUAGAAAAUAUUUCUUGUUGUAAAAAAAAAUUACUAUCUUAAAAGAGUCUUAAUUCUUAUAAACUUAGAAUUCCAUAAUAAUUUACGAGAAUUUCCCCUAAAAAUAGUUAACAAAUCAAAUUUAAAAACAAUUUAAGAUCUAAUAGUUGCUUGGAAAAUAGAGUAAAUUAACAAAAUUUGAUAUAAAUUUCAGUCGAAAAGGAUAAUAAAGAUAAUGAAGGAAUAUAGAAACUUAAAUUUAAAGAAAAAAUAGAACAUUAUGCCAAAAAGUUUUUUUAGUUAAAAGAUAAUUUCCUGUAAAGAAAGGCAUAGAUGAGUUUGUUUAAUUUUAGGUAUUAUUUCACUAUUCGGAACAGAAAAGAUAUUCAUUAAAACUAAGGAAUGAAUUCAUAAGAGACUAAAGUGGUUGCAAAUUAAGUUCAUCAAACUAUGGAUGUUUUAUAACUAUUUAGAGAUUUGAUAUAACUCAAGAAAGCUGUGAUGGUUUUAUUGAGUAAAGAAUAACUAGCUGCUUUGUAACUGGUAGGUUGUUCAGCUAACCUUUUAAACGCUUAACAUAUUAAAUAAAAUUCACUACAAUUUGAUUAAAAAAUAUAAAAUCAUUUUUGA